UUAUGGAGCAAAAAAAUGUGUAAUUGGAUACAUGAGCAUGAAUUCUUGCGUAACCAAGUGAGAAACGAGCGCCGUUGAGUUAGAAUUGCGGCUCAUUACACACAGUCACGGCAAAAGCAUCCAAGAGUCAGUCCAGAUUGCGGAGUGUUCAUCUGCCGUCAACAGGACGCCCCUAUCGAGUCGGUGAACUAAUAUAGCCAUUGGAGCUGACUUCGACACUGCACCUCUACCUACCUAGCUAUACGCAACUGGAAAAAUAGUCUCUACUGAUUCCAGGGUGGAAGAAUGGCACAGCAUCACCUUCUACUAGCUGCUCUGCUCCAGCUACUAAGAAUAGCAUCUGGUGAUGGUGAGAUGUCUCUGGUCCUGCCGGAAACUGGCUACUGUGGAGAGGCAAUCUCAGGGAAUUGCACUGCUAGAGACUCCACGAGGCUGACUCUGGAUAUAUCUGGACUCAAUUAUCACACAUUCACUCCAGAGGGGAGCCAGAAAUCAGUCGUUCUCGAGGGCGUCUCACUAGAUGUGGUGGAGCUUACGCCAACCCAAGACAAGUUUAAGUUUGUAGUGUCCAUCUCGUACACCCUUGAGAAGACACUUACCAUCAGCUGCAGAAAUGACAAAGUAGACGAAAUCCACAAAGUCUACUGUCAAAGUGGCAACCUUUUGGUUCGUCCGCCACUCAAUAUGUCGCAGACAUCUUCAAUCGAUAGUGUGGGAGAGACCAAAGUGUCUAGGGUGGGAGCCGGUCCUAGUUUACACCAUCAGGAUUUCGACCGAGGGAGGCAUUAUUGAGCGCUCUACUGACAAGAACAGCUACGUACUUCCAGACAAGGUCAAGGGAGUAGUCAAUGUCAGUCUCAGUGUGGAGAACCACUGUGGAGAGACGACCCAGCUUGAUAGACAGUCUGUGGACACUGAGGCCACUGGCACAGGUGGUUUGGCUGGAGGUGGUGGAGGUUCCAGUGAAAGUGGUGCAGGAGAACUGGAGAAAUCUCUGAUGAUUUUCUUUUUCAUUGGGUUGGCUCCUCCCGUUCUGCUGCUGAUGAUCGUCUUUAUCGUAGUUGUUGUAAGAAAGAUUUGUCUGACAGAGAAUGAUAUACUCUUAACAACAUCACAGAGUUAGCUAGUUCAUAGCCAUUUAUUUGUGUCUGUUUCACCAUUUUGUAGUAAAAUUCACAUAUUAUAUGGAUAUAUAUGUCCUUUUGAAGCCCUCAUUGGACUAUAAUUAUAAUAAUAUGGUCAAUAGACCUCUCAUUCAUCUUUUCAUGAAACUGGUGGGGGAGGGGAGG